UGCGCACGCUGUCCCCCCGUGCGGUGUUUAUUGUUUAAAGAUACGGCCGUUUCGCUGGGCUAAGAGCCGAAGGAUCGAAGGAUGCUGCGUCUGCGUUGCAAGGCCAAGAACGGGACUCACCUGAUGCAGGGCCUGACGCACCAGUCCUGUGUGCAGGAGCUCAAGGACAAGGUAGAGGAACUGACGGGGAUCCCCUGCAACGUGCAGAAGAUCAUGGUGGGAUACCCACCCUCGAGCCUGGACUUGCGCAACGGGGAAGCACACUUGAAAGACUACCCCAUCAAGUCAGGCGAUACUCUCAUUAUAGAGGAGGAGAAGAACAAGCCGAAGCCCCAGGCCAGUGCGGCAGGAGGCAAAGGGCCCCAGCUGGAGUCACAGCCCGUUCUGGCGCGCCAUGUCGUACCUGCAGACAACAGCUGCCUCUUCACCAGCAUCUAUUACGUGGUGGAGGGUGGGGUGUAUGACCCAGGCUGUGCGCCGGAGAUGCGCAACCUCAUCGCCCAGAUUGUGGCAAGCAACCCCAGUGCAUACUCGGAGGCCGUGCUGGGCAAGAACAAUGAGGAGUACUGCGCCUGGAUCCGACGCGACGACACCUGGGGUGGCGCUAUUGAGGUCUCCAUCCUCUCCAAGUUCUACCAGUGCGAAAUCUGCGUGGUGGACACGCAGACGGUGCGCGUGGACCGCUUUGGCGAGGACGCUGGCUACCAAAAGCGUGUGUUGCUCAUCUACGAUGGGAUCCACUACGAUCCACUGCAGCGAGAAACACCCGGUGCCGAGGGGGCGCCGCCGCCUCAGACCAUCUUCUCAACGGCGGACGAUGUGGUCUUGGCGCAGGCGCUGGAGCUGGCUGACGAGGCACGGCGGAAGAGGCAGUUCACGGACGUCAACCGAUUCGCGCUGCGCUGCAUGGUGUGUCAGAUGGGCCUGGUGGGACAGGCAGAGGCACGGGAGCAUGCCAAGGAGACAGGCCAUGCCAACUUCGGAGAGGUGUGAGGCCCUGUGUCGCCCUUCGUCCUCCAGACCCCUCCCCACCUCCACCAAUGCUCAUGUCACUUGCUGUCGUCAUCUCGUUCUCAGUCUGCGCGAUCUACCUCACGUGGCCCCCGAGUACCCAGAGACAUGCUGCCGAUGCCUUCUGUCCAACCUACUGUUACGAUGCCCCCCCCCCGGUACCUCUCCCAACUGCUGUUGGCAAACAGGCCCCCAGCAAGAUUCCAGUGUCACCUCUUCCGCUUUUUACUUUUAUUGUACACAGUAGGGAUUGUAUGAAGCGGUUAUUGUUUCAAAAUGUAGUUUGAUGUAUCUUGCCUGUUUGGAAAUGGCACUUAAACCUCAGUUCAAACCAAAACUGGAUUUUGGAAAGGCCUUAUCGUGCCGUGGCACCGUUGCGACACAUCUUCCAGCCGUUAUUAAGUGUCGGGUGUUACGUCGUUAUAUCUUAUUUGAUUCUUAAUCACGAGCAAAGAAAUUACACAGUUGCUCACACAGCAUCUAUAGACAUAUUUAUUGAUUAUAUGCAAUCCAGAUAUGUGGGAGGAGGGGGAUAUUUAGGAUGAUUUUUAUUUGUGAAGUUUUUUAGGGAGAAUAACCUUUAAAUCAAAUUGCUCGAUCAUGGAGGACAAAACAAUCAUUUUCAGAGCUACUAACUUUUUUUUUUUUUUUUUUUCCCACUUGGUUUGGCUUGUUGGAGUGAUGUUUCAUUACUGCACUUGAAUUAUUGCCUUUUGCAGUGAUACUGAAAAGUUACAGUUCGGGGGAAGCCCACACACAGUAUUGCUCCCUGACCUGUGGUUUAGCACCCCAAGUAGUUUUAACUAUUUAUCGCUCAUUAAAAUGAUGUAGAAUGUUCCGAGAAGUUAAGGCUUAAUGUUUUGUUUGGUUUUUAAUUUUGUUUUGUGAUCAAGCAAAAAAAAAAAAAAACAAAUCAAAUUUAGCUCAUUGUGGUGCUUUUAAAAUCUUCAACAGCAGAAUGAGGAGGAACUGAGUACCCAUCACAUUUCAGUUGUAAAUGACAUUUUGGUGCUUUUCCAUCUUGGAAAAACAGUAUACAUGUGAACUUUCAGAGUAUUUGGAUUCAGGUACUGUCUGCACAGUAUGCUUUGCUUGCACGAUGACCAACACAAAACAAAUGUCCUGCUUUUCUGUGCCACCAAAGGACAGGUCAUUUCACUCUGAAUCGCCCGGUCAAACAGCAGGUGCUGUAGCAAGCCUUUGCAGGGUUCAAUAGCAUGUCUAGCCUUGAGCGCUCUUCCUCCCCUCUAUUGGACAUGGUUUUCACCUGUAGAUGACAUGUCAGUAUGAAACCAACCAAUGAUACUUCUGCCAAUUUCACUGUUCAGAUGAAAGCAUGAAAUGUGUAUUACAAAGCACCGUCUUGACUUCCCACUCUCAGUCUGCCUUUGCUAAUCACAGGAAAAUGCAAUCUAGGUGAACCAGAAGCCGUGUUCGGAAUGAUGUUCUCGUCUUGACACAUCCUUGUGUCUCGCCUCUUCACGGUGAUCAUUUAAUGGUUGAUUCAAUGUAUUUGUGUAGCAUGCCACUGUAUUUCCUUUCAUGUAGAGGACAGCUGCACUGGGGAGUGUCCCAUACUAAUUCCACUUUUAUGAAAAAGCUAUGAACUGAAAUGCUAUGAGUGCCCUUUCCUUUCUAAUUAUAUUACUUAAAUAGACUCCAUAAAUGAUAACAUACGAAAGUGCAGGGAGUGGGUCUGUUCAACUGUGUGUGUGUG